AUGAGCAAGCCAAAGACAGCAGUUCCAAGUCUCUCUCCAAGUAAGGAGAUUAUGGAAUUGAAAUCACUAAAGCGCCAGCGAACUGUUGCGAAAAAUAGUAUAGUGCGCAUAAAAACGGGUCUCCUCGAUAAAACAAUGUCGUUAGAUCCAAUUGAAUUGGAGUGUCGACUGGACAUUUCGAACUCUCAUAGCGAUAAGCUUAUGAAGUGUCAGUCGAAAAUUGAAGAAAUCGACGAGGAAGACAUAGCCCGUAGGGAGUUAGAGGACCUAAUAGUGGAAACUAAGUCCGUUAUAAAAUCUAUUCUGGCGAGAAAUAAAUCGUCAAUAGCCGAAACAUCCUUUGUUGCACCUCACAGCUCGCGACUACCGAAAAUGUCGCUACCGAAAUUUAAAGGGGAAUAUUCAGAAUUUAAAAAUUUUGUGAGUCUGUUCGAGAGUUUGGUGCACAACGAUCCUACAAUCCCAGACAUUGAGAAAUUUAAUCACUUGGUUAACUGUCUGUCUGGUGAAGCUUUGGGAACGGUAAAGGCCUUCCAAAUGUCGGACGAAAAUUAUUCGAAGGCGUUGGCUAGUCUCAAAAAGCCAUCUGCGCUUUCAUUGCGCACAAUGAUUGAUACAGUGUCGGCUGUUUACGACUCGUUGCUGUCGUUAGGUGAUGAGAAAAACAUCACAAACGCUAUCAUAAUUCAUCUGGUAAUGUCAAAAGUCGACACCGUUACUCGGUCAAAGUGGGAGGAACAGUUGGAUUAUGAUAAGCUGCCAUUAUGGCGUGAGUGUGAGGCAGCAUUAAAUAAACGCUACCAACAUUUAUCUGCCGAUGAAGCCUCAACGUCGAGGCUCAAGCCGUCAAGCAGUCACAGCAUUCAGAAACCCCACCUUCAUGCGGGAAGGACGAAAGCUGCCUUAGUGACUUCAAAUAUAAAACAGCCGGUGUGUCCGCACUGUAAAUCAAAUGAUCAUAGUAUACCCGCGUGUCCUACUUUUAAAACUCUCUCUGCUCAGCAGCGAUUUGAGUUUGCUAAAUCAGUCCCCUUAUGCAUAAAUUGUUUGCGAAAGGGGCACUCAGUUUCAAAGUGCAAAGCGGAUCGGUGUCGUGUUUGCAACCGUUCGCAUCACACGUUGCUGCACCAGUACCCUGUAUCCUUUGCAACUGCACCACAACUUUCGACCUCGCAUGGCAUGCACACGACGAGUACACCAGAUCGGGUUAUGUUGGGUACAGCCGUAGUCAACGUAAAAGGUAGCUCCGGAGAGUACCUUCCUGCACGAGUCUUGCUGGAUUCUGGAUCUCAGGUGAAUUUCAUGACAGAGGAUUUGGCGCAGAAAUUACGAAUUCGUCGCGAAAGUACGACCUUAAAUAUUAUCGGCAUCGGAAAUGCAACCAAAAAAACCUUUGUUGCAAACAGAGUGUCCGAAAUCCAAGAGUUGACGGAUAAAGCUACUUGGCGACAUGUGCCAACUAAGCAAAAUCCCGCGGAUCAAGUGUCUCGGGGUUGUAACGUGGACGAAUUGAAUAAUUCUAUCUGGUUUAGCGGUCCACAGUUCCUCCUAGAAGACCCUGCGUUAUGGCCAACAAACACCCACUUCCAGCUCUCUCCAGGAGACGAAGCAUUAGAGAAGAAACGGAACGCAACAGUUUUAGUUGUUCAAGCAAAUGAAUCGCAUCCAAUUAUGGAACUCACCAAAAGAGUAUCUUCUCAUCAAAAACUGCUUCGUAUUGUCGCUUACAUAUUAAGAUGGAUAAAACGCAUUAGAAACCCAUCUGCGACAUUCACACAAAUGCUGGCGGCUGAGGAUAUUAAAUUAAGUUUCCUCAAAGUCAUUCAGGUGGUUCAACAUGUUGAAUAUGGUGAAGAAAUUAUGAAACUCACCAAAGGAACCACCCUACCCUCAAGUUUGCAAAAACUUAAUCCAUUUUUGCACAACUACUCGGAAUUGUCGCUGUCGUUUAAUUUACUCCGAGUAGGAGGCCGCCUAUUAAAUGCGCCUCUCCCAUAUGAUGCCAAGUUCCCACUGCUCUUAAGCAAGAACUCGCACUUCGUAACCACAUACUACGGUACCUACAUUUUCGAAAUCACCAUGCUGGAGCAAGGGCAUUGGUAG